AUGCCGAGGCACGUUGCGGUCAUCAUGGAAGGGAACAUGAGGGAUCUUACCAAGUUGCUAAGUGGAAUGGCACAAAAGUUUCCGUUAAGAUACUUGACAAGGAUGGCCAUGCAGACACUGAUUCUAUGUAUAUUGCGCCUCCAUUCCAGCAACUUUGCUGAAACUUCCAGGCGUCUAUCUCCAUCUAAAGCCUUAAGAUUUGCUCUGGAGAUUGCCAGAGGCAUGAAUUAUCUUCACGAAUGCAAGCCUGAACCAAUCAUACAUGGUGAUUUGAAGCCAAAGUGCCAGGAACAUUUGGCUCGAUUUUGGAGGGCAGCUGAAGGUCAAGGCGUUUCACUCUACUCUAUGUUAUUCUCUACGCCAUCGAUGGAAGCCUACCAUAAUGCAGAUUGCCGUGACGCUCAUCAAAGUUUUGAGAUAUUACUAUGUGUUACGGACAAGUGCUCAACAAAGGCGAAGGCUUUGAAAGAGAAAGGGCUUGAGUGGAAAGUCGGGUUUUUUCCGGCAAAGGAUAGUAAUGCAGUGGCUGGAAAAGGUGAAGACGAUGAAAUAUCCGGCGAGGGCAAAGUGGAGAAGGAAAUGGGUGACGAGAGUGAGAAUAGAGUUAUAUGA